UGCUCGAUAAACGAUAUUCCCUACCCGGGAAUUUAACCCACGACUUCUGGAUAUAAUAGAAAAGUGACUAACAGAGCUACAACAUAGACUUAGGAAACCGUAAAACUUAAUGUGCACUUCUAUAGUGCUUCUGGGAAUAGCAAUCGAACAAAUAAGAGCGUUUUAGGGCAAAAGUAAAUAUCCUUUAUGUGUCAAUACGUCUGAAGAAAUCAUAAUAAUAUUGAAUUUAUCGAAAAUAUGCUUCCAACACUUGCGUAGUUUCAUCGGAGCUCGAAGACUCCCAGAGUCCAAGGGCAUUCAGUACAAAGUAUGUACAUUUCUUUGCUCUUGAUGCACAUCCACGGCUAUUUCCACUUGUUACCUGCUCCAUCCUCCCCCACCCUCUCGCCCACGUCACACUUGUUGUUGACCCCAAAACGCUUCCGCAGGAAGUGGUUCCACUGUGCCGUGCUGGACAUCGAGAUGCGGAAAGAGGCCUCGGCCGACUGAGGGCUGUCACAGAAUACAGGUAGUGUGUGGUGAUUGAGGAACGAGAAGCACGUAGAUGUUACAGCGGCUAUUUAGUGCUGGGGGUUGGUCUCAUCGGCCAUAGCAGAAGCCACAAGAUAUCUAAAGCUUAUUUCCUAUAUUUCUCUUUAGACGUGUUCUCCACUGCAGUAAUAUAUACGCCAUCGUCAGACAUUGACGGACGUACUAUUAUUACUAGUACUGGGGGAAAGUAAGACCUACAGACACAAACAACAGAAGUAGAGAAAGAAGUAGGAUCAACCAGUGGCACUCUAAAACCAACCACACAGACAUAAACAACAGAGAGAGAUUUUUUUCAAGGUUGGCCCAGCCAGUGGCACCCACGAACCUCCCACACAAGGGAAACACGACCUACUAGUGGCGCCACCCAACCACCCGCAAAAUGACAAGCUUUGAUCAGUCCAAGUUCUACAGCGAUGAAGAGGCCAGCUCCUGCUACGCUAAGUAUCGGCCCACAUACACAGAUCAAUUGUUCAAAUUGGUGAUUGAUUUCUGCGGGCAGACGGGAGACGGUACCUGGGACCUUGCCGUGGACGUGGGCUGUGGAUCUGGACAAAGUACUCUGCCCUUGGCUAGUAACUUCAAGCAGGUAAUUGGUGUGGAUGCGUGCGAACAACAGAUCAGCAAGGCGCCUCAGCAAACGCGCAACGUUAGCUUCCGAUGUGGGGCAAGCGAGGACCUCAAUUUCGUCACUUCUGGUAGCGUGGACCUCGUCACGGUAGCUACAGCUUUCCAUUGGUUGAACCAGGACAGAUUUUUCCAAGAAGCAGACCGAAUUCUAAAACCGGGUGGAUCCUUAGUCCUGUAUAGUACCGGAGACCAUUUCAUGGACCACCUAGAGGGGAACAGAUAUUUAGAACAUAUCAACAUAGCUGGGCACAUCAUGAGGUAUCACCCCGCGUCACGGAUUGUCAAGAACAAAUACAGAAACGUCUUCUUACCCUACCAGGAUACCAUGAGGGGAGAGCUGGAGCCACUUGGCGUCCCCAUGAGCAUGGCACAGUUUGAGGGCUACAUUCAGUCACUGGGCUGCGAGCACUGGUUCCAACCUUACCGUACAGGACACGACUUGCCGGGAGAGAUGGCGAGAACGAAUGAAAAACUGCAGGUUGUGAUCGUCGUGAUGCAAGAAGAAAUGGAGAGGGAAAAGGGUGGCAUCAAUGGCUCAGUGGUUAAGCUCUCGGACUCCUAUCCGUAA